AUACUGUACGUAUUAUGUAACACUCCUCAUAUACAAACUCAAAUCAAAAUCAAAUUUUACAUACAAGUUUUUCAAUUUCAUUACAUUAUUAUUUGGACAUCAAUGGAGACCGUGACAUCAUCUCAUUUUAUUUCGGGUAUUACCAAUGGUGCUAUGACGGGUUCAGAUCCUAAGCUUACAUUGAUAAAUAAUGGCUUGAAGAACAACCAAAUGAUCGCGACUCAUAAUGGACUAAGAUCAUUGAAGAACAAUGUAGAUAUGAUAAAGUUGAGGAGUACCGCAAAAAAUCCUACUGAGGAGCUUAGAAAAGAAAACUCCCCUACAAUAAGAUGUGGGAUGAAUUUGGUAUUUGUUGGGGCAGAAGUUGCCCCUUGGAGUAAAACCGGCGGUCUAGGGGACGUUCUUGGAAAUCUUCCCCCUGCCUUGGCAGCUAGGGGACACCGUGUAAUGACAGUCUCUCCUAGGUAUGAUCAGUACAGAGAUGGAUGGGAUACUAGUGUUACAGCUGAGCUGAAAGUUGGAGAUAGGACUGAGACAGUGCGUUUCUUCCAUACCUACAAGCGAGGGGUUGAUCGUGUUUUCGUGGAUCAUCCUGUUUUCCUUGCAAAGGUGUGGGGGGUAACUGGAUCGAAACUCUACGGUCCAGAGGCUGGAGAGGACUAUAAAGACAAUCAACUUCGAUUUAGCGUGCUUUGCCAGGCAGCUUUGGAGGCACCGAGAAUUCUGAAUCUCAACAACAAUCCACUCUACUCUGGACCAUAUGGUGAAGAUGUUGUUUUCAUCGCAAAUGAUUGGCAUAGUGCUCUUCUCCCAGCAUACCUCAAGAGUAUGUACAAACCCAGGGGAAUCUACAGAAAUGCUAAGGUUGCUUUCUGCAUUCACAAUAUGGUAUAUCAAGGAAGAUUUGCAUUGGAAGACUACUCGCGUCUUCAUCUACCUCAGGAAUUGAAGCCAGAUUUUGACUUUUUUGAUGGGCACAACAAACCUGUAAAGGGAAGGAAAAUUAACUGGAUGAAGGCAGGUAUUUUAGAAUCAGACCGUGUAGUAACUGUGAGCCCUUUCUAUGCACAAGAGGUUGUAUCGAGUGUUGAGAGAGGUGUGGAGCUCAACGAUGUAGUUCAGAGGACUGGAAUCACUGGCAUAGUGAACGGCAUGGAUGUACUGGAAUGGAAUCCAACUACUGAUAAGUACAUUGGAUCUAAUUAUGAUAGAUCAACUGUUGCAUAUGCAAAGCCUCUUAUAAAGGAAGCUCUGCAAGCAGAAGUUGGUCUACCUGUGGACAGGAAUAUCCCUUUGAUUGGUUUUAUAGGCCGACUUGAAGAGCAGAAAGGUUCUGACAUUCUUGCAGAAGCAAUUCCUCAGUUCAUUGGCCAAAAUGUGCAGAUUAUUGUUCUUGGGACUGGAAAGAAGGAAAUGGAGAAGCAGAUUCAAAAGUUGGAAGCUCUCUACCCUCAAAAGGCGAGAGGAGUGACCAAAUUCAAUGUUGCCUUAGCUCAUAUGAUUGUAGCUGGUGCUGAUUACAUGCUGAUACCUAGCAGAUUUGAGCCAUGUGGGCUUAUCCAGCUUCAUGCAAUGCGUUAUGGAACGGUGCCACUGGUGGCCUCAACUGGUGGACUUGUCGAUACUGUACAAGAGGGUUACACCGGAUUCCACAUGGGCCGUUUCAGUGCAAAUUGUGACGCGGUGGAUCCAACUGAUUUACAAGCUGUUGUAACAACAGUGAAGAGGGCAAUAGAGACGUAUGGAACUCCAGCCUCAAGAGAGAUGAUCCAAAACUGUAUGGCACAAGAUUUCUCAUGGAAGGAGCCUGCAAAGAAAUGGGAGAACCUGCUGCUGAGCCUAGGGGUUGCUGGCAGUAGACCAGGAUUCGAAGGAAACGAGAUUGCUCCUUUUGCUGUGGAGAACAUUGCAAAUCCUUGAUUCAUAGAUGGUGGAUCACAUCAAAGAAUGAUCAGCACUUUUGUGGAAUACUCAUAUGGCUGAUAUUUUUUUUUACUAUAUUUUGUCUCAGAAUUCAAUAACUCAGGCAAUGUUGCCUUCCGUAUAGACUUCUUCGAAUUGUAUGACAUUCAUGCUUGUUUGAUUAUUAAUGUGUCAUGAGUGCAAUAAUAUAAAUUUGAAUAAUAUGUUAUUAGUGUGUACAUAACAUUUUCAGUACAACAAAA